CAGCCGGGCUGGCCGGGCGGGGAGCGGAGCCAUGGACAAGCUGAAGCGGGUGCUGAGCGGCCGCGACGCGGAGGAGCCGAGCGGCCUGGCCGAGGUUAUUGAUUCAACUUCUUUAGGUUGGGGCACCCGCGUGAAAGGCUUCGUUGCGUGUUUUGCUAUAGGAUGCCUGUGCUCGAUCUUGGGUAGUUGUCUGCUAUGGAUACCAAAGAAAGGGCUGAUUCUCUUUGCAGUGUUUUAUACUCUGGGGAAUAUUGCGUCUAUUGGGAGCACUCUUUUUCUGAUGGGACCAAUGAAACAAUUAAAAAGGAUGUUUGAGCCUACACGUUUGAUUGCUACUACUGUUAUGCUAUUGUGCCUCGUACUAACACUAUGUUCUGCUUUCUGGUGGCGCAAGGCAGGACUCGCGCUUCUUUUCUGCAUCUUACAGUUCUUUGCCAUGGCAUGGUACAGCAUUUCCUUCAUACCAUAUGCAAGGGAUGCUGUGAAGAAAUGUGUUUCGGUCUGUCUGUCCUAAUGGGAAUACCAGACGCUUCACGAAGUUCUAGGAAGUGCUAGGUAGAACUAUGUUAAGAUCACCAUGUUGUGUAGUUUCCUACUUCUUAAGCACAUGCCUUUCAGCUUGUUGUUAGAAGCUCCUUGUGCUACAUCCAGUGUAUGCAGUUGCUUGAGUUUGUAAGCAAUGGUGUCUUGAUCACAGGGUGCUUGUGAUCAAUUGAAAUUCAGUCUGGCAGAAGAACUGGGCAGAAAUCCAAAAUUUGCUAUGAUAAUUCUUAAGUAAAUUCAUGUAUUUGGUUUUGCAAAUAUUUCGAAGUAAUACAUGAAGUCUGUAAAAUGAAGACCUUGGCUCUGUUGGGACUAUGGCAGUCUAGAUGAUUUAUUUUUCAAGAAAAAGAAAUCAUUUGCAAAUUGAUUUCUUACUGACAACUUGGGUUUUUUUUUAAAUAGCCUUACGUUGCUUAAUCUUUGCGCUGUUUGCCUUGGAUAAUGGAAUAUUGGUAUUCUUUCUUUUCCUGUCUCCCUGGCAAAAUGUUAGGUUUAUGAGACUUCUAAAAGAUUUAAUUAUAAAGUCAGAGACUGUUUGGGACUAACCAUGAAAUGUUUGCAUCUUUAAUGAAGUAUUUAAUUUUCAGUCUAUAUUGAUGGUGUUUCCUUAAAAUAUGUGAAAGGGAUAUUUUCAUCUGUAAAAACUUGUUCCUGUAGGAAACGCCCUUGUAAAAUAAGGUUAAUUGAUUUUUUCAGCUGCCAGGAACCUGAGUUCUUUGCCUUGCUUACAGCUAAAUGUAAGCAGUCUGUACAGUACAGUAUGUACAGUAUGUACAAAUUAGGAAGCUGAAAUUUUUCACACAAAGCUGAAGGUGCUUCUCUUCCCCCUCAGCUGUAGCAUAGAAGCAGUGCAAAGCUGAGGGCAUGGUAGGCAAACAAAGAGAGAUUUUAUUUAUGUCCUUCCUCAAAGGACAAACUGUGAUAAGGUGGAUGUGGGCUGUUGGUUAAGCAACUUGGGCAAGGGAGAAUGCAUUUUUUUCUGAAAUGUAAAUAGAUUAAAACUCCAACAUUUCUUUUUUUGUAAGUGGGAUCAGUUUCUUCUAAAACUCUGGCACACACUAGUGAACUUCCUCUGCUUUGAGGAGAAAGUAUGAUUUUCUACUGCCUGUCUUAGCAAAGAAAGUGUGCAACAAUCUAGCUGCUAGUUCCUAACAAAUGCUGAGCAGUCAGUAUCCAAAUUCCAAGGCCACUCUCUUUAUCUUCUGAGCUACAUAUAAUCAUUUACUCCCAAACCAUUGCAGUGGUCAGUUGUUUAAUAUCUGAGCACAAAUUCCUGCUUCUCCUCUGUGAGGUACUGUUUAACUGCUUUCACCUUUCCUCUGACCAAACUGUCUUCCUGAAGUCAGUGUGUAAGAUUAUGAUUAUCCAGUGGACUCCGAUAGGAACUGAAGCCUCUCUUGCUCCAUCUGCCCAGAGUUUAGCCAUUUGAAAGCAUCAUGUUUGCAUGGCAAGUAUGUUCCUGACUUGUACCACAAAGAUUUUAGUGUAGGAAAAACCUAGAUCUACUUGGCAAUGAAUAAUAACCCCACAGUGAAGGCAGAUAUUCUGUGGCUUUCAGAAAGUCACUAAAAUCUGAGUUAAUCCAAAAUCUUAAAUUUAAUUGUCCUUCUAAUAAUCUAUAAAGCACAGUAUCAUCCAGCUGUUAGGAUUCUCUAAAAAAAAUAAAGGAUUCCCUUUUGCAGAUAGUAUGAAAGGGAAAUUUUAGCAACCUUUCUGUGAAUUCCAGCUGGCCAGAAUUACUGUUACAAAGAGAUUUGAAUGGAAAAUGCCACCUUGAAAACAUGGCACUGAUGUUGGGAUAAAUUAGUUAUACAGGUUCAAGUGCUAUAUCCUAGUGCUUUUCUUCUCCUCCAGGACUUGGAAGUUAGUGUUGAAAUAACUAGGUUGACUAUUACUCUUCUUGAAAAGUAGAACUGGUUAAUUGCACAAGGGAGACUGGGAAUUAAAGAAAACUGAUACUUCUUUUCCCUGACUAAUCUCAGACAAGUAUCUAAACUGAUGUGUUUUGUCACAGAGUAAGUUCAAAACCUAUUUACAUCUGUCAAAGCACAUGUGUUAGUCUUUUCUUAGAACUUUGAUAAUGUUUACAGAAUUCCUGC